AUGCACUACCCCGUCCUCAUCACAGCACCACUCGCGAGUCCCCACUCCCAUCCCCCAAGCGACGCUGCCGCCGGGCCACGGUCUGGAAGCCUGGGCGCAAAUUCCGACCAUUCCCGUCCGGAGCCGCAUCUCUGGCGCCUAGCAUUCUACUUACUUACUUCGUCUUCGAUGCCCCCGAGCUCCCUAGGGGAUCGCGGGCAAAGAGCGCGAACAUCCCACCCUGUUCAUCAAGGAACGAAGCGCACGACCCCAAAGCGCGCGCGAUCGCCGACGACGCCAUCGACGAGCCGAGUACGUGGGCGAAUACCCGCAGCCCGGUGGGUUACGGAGCAUGUGCGACAUCUACCGCGCGACCGAGGAGGACGUAAAAACGAACACGGCGUCCGCGGAAGAGAAGCUGACAUGCCGGUCCCGUUCCGGCGGUGGGGAGUCGGGAUGGAGAGUGGCGCAAACGGUGACAGUAUCGAGAGCCUGGACUUCGGACACCAGCUGGCCGAGGGGUGUCCCAGCCAGCUCGGGAGUGUGUAUCUCGAAUUUUCCGACCCCGUUGUGCUCGAUUUGAGGUCGCGAUAUAGACCAUCGCAUGGACGAAGGACUUCACAAAGUAUGGCUGUCUAUAACGCGGCGUACUUGGAAUUUGGAAGGCAUCAGAAACCGCAUUCCACGCCAUGCGCAUUCGGAUCACGCAAAGCAGGGAAUCCGACUUGUCACUGGUCGCGGACGCUGGUUUCGAACGGGAGAGAAUGGCAACAGGCUAGACGAUGGAUCGGAUCCGACGGAGAUGAGACGCGAACAGGGGAUUUCCAACCUUUCGGAGAGUAG